AUGACAUCUUCAUACCCGGUCAUAAAAGGAACAUUGGUGAGCACAGAGAAUUACACCUGGAACACAGCUGACUCUUUGGGAAGAGGAGCCAGUGCAAUGGUUUACUUAGGCAGGCACAAGACCCAAGGGUCAUAUGUUGCUGUGAAAGUUUUCCAUGACAGUAGUCAUGUCGGCUACAAGGCGGAUGACCUGCGUGAACUGGAUGUGCUGCGCCAGUUGGGACAUCCUAACAUUAUCAAGUUACUGACCAUUGAGAAAAUUGUGUCUAGCUCUAAACCAGUUCUGGUAAUGGAAUAUUGCGAAGGAGGAUCUCUCCAUCAUAUGUUAGAUCAACCACCUUAUUACUAUGGGCUAACAGAAGAGGAGUUUCUCUUAGUCCUAUUUCAUGUUUGUGAGGGAAUGAAGUAUCUACAAGAGAAGAAUGUUAUACACAGAGAUAUUAAACCAGGAAAUAUUAUGAGAUCAAUAACAGAGGAUGGAUUUUCUGUGUACAAAUUAACCGACUUUGGUGCUGCCAGAAACCUGCAUGAGGAUGAAAGUUUCCAGUCUUUAUAUGGAACUGAGGAAUACUUGCAUCCAGGCAUGUAUGAGAGAGCUGUUCUGAAACUGCCAAACUCCCAGUCGUUUGAUGCCAAGGUGGACUUAUGGUCACUUGGUGUGACAUUUUUCCACACGGCCACUGGUCAGCUUCCUUUUCAACCAUAUGGCGGUCGCAGCAAUAGGCAUACGAUGUUUGAGAUCAUCACACAGAAAGAAAGUGGAGUUAUAUCGGGUGUUCAGAACUUUGAGAAUGGGCCCAUACAGUGGAAGCGGGACUUGCCAGACACUUCUCCUUUGUCAAGUGGCCUGAAGUCUAUAGUAAUACCUCUACUGGCAGGCCUUAUGGAACCAGACGCAGCCAAGAUGAUCACGUACAAUGGGCUUUUCCGGAUGGUGCAGAAUAUCAAACAGAAGAUUGUCCUUCAUGUCUUCUAUUACAAUAAAUGUGAGGAUCUGAAGAUCUACGCUGAGCCAAACAUCACUUUCACAGGCAUUCUAGACGAGAUUGCAGCGGUGACAGACAUUGUAGCCUCCGACCAGAUUCUGAUUGUUGGUGGGAAGCUGUUGGAGGACGUGAUUGACCCCAGUUGUCCAUUGCAGAAUUACCCAUCUUAUCUGAUCUCUGGCAGCAUCUACUUGUUUCAGAGGGAAAUGACAGAGGCAUAUCGGCUACCCAGACCUGAAAUUCCACAGUUCCCAGAUUUUGCGGUGUACCCAGACAUGGAUGCAGAUGCACGAACUGCCCACAGUUGCUCAGCAAAAGGGGAAUUAAUUAAGAGAAAUGUUGAAAAAGUUUGCCAGCUUCAAGAAAAAUUAAUCAAUGGAUUGUUUUACUUAAG